GAGCAUCGUAUGACCAGCGUAGGAGAGUAGUAGGAUGAUCACGGCUCAGACGGAUAUCCCAUGACCAGACGCCAAAAGCGCAAUUCCCAAGGACAACCAAUGAAGGUAGUGGCAAACCAAAACUUCACCAAGAGACUUAAGAAGGCUCAAAAUUAAAACCAAAACCCGAGACUGGCGGGAAAAGCAAACGGAACUAUCACCACGAGCCCAAAGAAGGUUCAAAACCAAAACCAGGAGCUAGUGAAGGUAGUGGCAAACUAAAACAUCAUCAUCGGACCGACGACGGCGGAAAGCCGAAACGAAAAAGAGAUAAGCUGCAAAAUCCCAGAACGAAGACUGGUGAAGGAAGCAAAUCGAAUCAUCACUACGAGAUCAAAGAAGACUCAAAACCGAAACCAAAACUCGAGACUAGCGAAGGUGGACGCAAACCGACUAAUCACCACGAGACCGAAGAAGGCGGGAAACCAACACCUGAAACUAGCGAAGGUGGGAACCAAAAAGUUCAGAGGGAAACAAAGAGCCUAGCAACAGCGGCGAAACUGGAGCAAACGCUAUAA